AUGAGUUCGAAACAAUAUCUCCAAACACACAGCAUCCCAGACGCCUCGCCCGCCGACAUCUACAGCGUCGCAACCACUUCUAGUCAACUCAUCACUGCCUCUGGUUCCUCUUCACUACACGUCUACUCGACCGCCCCCACGAACGAUGAGAACAAUCCUUACCCUCUAGUCCAAACCCUGCAAGAUGCGCACAAACUUGGUGCCCACCACAUCGCUGUCAGCGCCAAUGGCAAGACGGCCGCAUCAGCUGGCUUUGGUGGUGAGCUGAAGGUCUGGUCCAUCGACGACGAGUCCUCACAGUGGGCACUCAAGGGCUCAAUUACAGCACAAGCAAAGAACGCCGGCGAGCUCUGGGCAGUCGCCCUGAGCGAAGACGGCCAAUUCCUCGCCGCCACAACCUUCGACGGCCGCAUCAAUGUCUGGGACCUAAACACCCUUUCCACCUCCGACGGCGCCACCAAACUCCGCGAGUACGAGACAAAAGGCAGUUUUGGCAUGAGUGUUGCCCUCUCUGCUGAUGGCGAGUUCACUGCUUCAGGACAUGCGAAUGGAGCUGUCUAUCUCUUCAACAACACCACUGGUAGAUUGGCGCAUUCGCUGCAAGGUCUGGUCAAGCCUGUGAGGACGGUGGCUUUCUCGCCUGCGAGCAAGUUCCUUGCUGCUGGCGGUGAUGCGAAGAUCAUUGCUUUGUACGAUGUCAAGAAUGGAGAGCAGGUGGCCAACCUCACUGGUUCGCAGAGUUGGGCAAAGGUCUGGAGUGUCGAGCGCCGCGAGUGUGUCGCUACUCAGACAGAGUCUGACAAGACCCUCUGGGCCGUGAAAUGGCUACCCAAGACGUCCAUGACAAGAAACGAGAUCUUUGUCACAGCUGGUGCAAACAGAAGCAUCAGCUUCUACCGUGAAGCCAGCGGCGGUUGA